AUGGCAUUAAAGUUAACCAAAGUCAAACUUGAUUUAUUUUAUAAAGAACAAGAGGAUAUGCAUGAAUUUAUUCAACGCUGGUUAAGAGGUGAAAAUUCUAUGAUGCCAACAAUUUAUAUGGAUGGGUUAUGUCAGAUAUUUGCCAACAGGAGGAUUCAGAUAGUUGAUAUAAAUAAUUUGUCUGAUAUACAAAUUUUAUCGCUAACAGCUAAACAGGAUAAUGCUUGA